AUGCAUUGGAUAUUCCUUCCCACUACGAUUCUGCUUAGUCAAGCUCUUGCUCAUACGUGGAAUGAGCAGCUUACGUUGGUCGAAAAUGGGUUCUUCACCGGGAAUAACGGUUAUCCUCGCGGCUAUGUGUCUCGAUCCGAUCUAGGUUUUAACGAUAAUAUGAUGACCUAUCUCUUGCCACCGUUAGACUCAGGAAGAACGAGGGUGGAUGAUUCGGAUCUCGUGUGUUCGCCCACUCAAGAAAGCGCCAAUCAAACGGAUGGCUACCCCCGUCUGAGCGCGUCACCUGGAGCUUAUGUGGCCAUGAAAUACCUUGAGAACGGCCACGUUACCCUCCCUCAAAUCCAACCUGGCAAGCCGCAGGGAGGCGGGACGGUCUUUGUCUUUGGGACCAGCCAGCCCACUAACAACGACCUAUUAAUGGGGGUUCUCCAAUGGACAACAGAUGGCACUGGAGGGGAUGGCCGCGGUAAACUCCUUACGGCUCAGAACUUUGACGAUGGGAGGUGUUAUCAGAUCAACGGCGGUAGCAUAUCUGAGAGUCGCCAGGAAGAACACCCAAAUCCCACUCCUGACCAGCCUGGGUCUGUCAAUGAACAAUGGUGCGAGACUGAUGUCCUUAUACCCCCAGAUUUACCGAUCAACACUCCAUACACAAUUUACUGGGUAUGGCAGUGGCCCACGGCUCCAGGAACUCCGGGGCUUCCUGACGGGAAAGACGAGUACUACACCACUUGUUCUGAUCUUGAUAUAGUUGCCGGGCCCAUCAGAGGCGCAGCAUCGAACCCACUGCCCCAGCAGGACCCUCAAACUGCGGCUGUGUCAGACUUUCAAUCUCGUACAGCGUUCAACAUUAAUCCCCUUACAUCUUCCUAG